GGUCUAGAGGUGGUGCUCCAAAAAUGACUUUCAUUUUGAGAAGAAGCCUGUUUGGCACAAACUUGCGCCACGCCAUAGCUGCCUGUGGGGCAAACAGGCUUCCGUCGAUGGAGCCACACAGCUGCAGGGCUCUUCACGUUGAUGAAUGCGCCUCGCUCACCAAGGCUUUCACUACCAGAGAUGUUGCACUGUUCGCUCAGCUAACUGGAGACACCAACCCACUUCACCUUGACCCAGAGUUCGCCAAAACAAUGUCUUUCAAAGCCCCCAUUGUCCAUGGUGUGCUGAUUAACGGACUCAUCUCAGCAGUUUUGGGGAGCAAAAUGCCCGGCCCAGGCUGUGUGUUUGUCUACCAGGAAAUUCGCUUCCCGGCACCUUUGUACGUUGGAGAGGAGGUGGUGGCCGAAGCAAGGGUGAAAAAGAUCAAAAUGUCUUUUGCUUUUAUUUCCGUUUCCUGCUCGGUCAGAGACAAAGUGGUUAUGGAAGGGCAGGUUGUGGUCAUGAUGCAGGAACACACAAGAGAAGAAGUGUGAAGAAGUAUUUCCUGAAUUUAAAAGUUGCACAUUGCUCUUUCAGUUUUUUCCCUUAAGAUUCCUAUUUUAUUUUCUACUUCUAAAUUUAUUUUCUAUUACAAAUUUGAUAAAUUGGCUCUUUUUUUUUUAAGAUCAAAUAAUCUUUUCCCCUUUACAAAGGCAGUAGAUGGAAACUGAUGUCUUAUGAUGUCUUAAAGGAGUCACAAUACUUGCCAAAAGGACAGUUGUUUAAGUCCUCAAAACACCUGAAAAAUCUCCUUUUCAGAAACAAAAAAAAUUUAAAAGUAUAGUCCUGUGAUGUUCUACCAGUAAAAUGAAUAACUCCCAAACCAUGGUUUCUAUCAGGAUUUAUUGACUAUGUACACAGACGUUUACAAAUAACUGGGAUUUACUGUGUAAUAAGGCGCUCUAUUCAAAACGUCCUCAACAAAGAUGUAAUACAUGCACAUAUAUACUGUGAGUUUUAUCCUCCAGCUUUUAAAAAGGAGAUUUAUCUGUUUCUAAAUUUCAAGUGAAAUCCCUUUAGAAAUGCUCUGUGCAGCAGUAUAAGAAAUAAAACAAGUCAACUUUCUUAUUAGACAGUGUCUGGGUUGUCCUGGUAGUUGGUGGUGUGGAUUAACGCCUGUUCAGGUCUUCUGAAAUCAUCACAACCAACCAUUAAUCAAAACUAGAAGGGAGUUUCGUUUUUCCCUCUCUCCUACUCCCAUGUGGUUUGGUUCUAAGGCUACUGUUAAGGGUGGUCAGAGAGCUUAAAUUUGACAUCCCAUGCUUAUUUUCUAGAUUGUCCUGUUAGAUGCAGCAGGGCCACUUGUAAGUAAAUGAUUGUAUGAAUAUCACGUCCUCUUCUGUUGAGCAAGUUUUCACCACCACCGUCGUAAUGUUGAUUGUGCCGUUAUAACCGGGCACUACAUUUUGACGUAUUAAAAUGUUUCAUUUUGUUUCCUUGAAGUGUUCCAUGACCGUUUUUUCUGAAAUUAUCUUGCCACCUGACGUAAUACAUGUAUUGUGCAAUGACAUUUAGCAGUAUAAAACACUUUCUUGUGGUU